CCCUGCACGACUUUGCUAUUUCAGAAGUGGCAGCACUGUCUGCUGUUCUCCGUCCGUCAGCUAGGCCUAUAAAAUUUUGGUUUGGGAAUUUUCAGGAACAAGUGUAACUUCGGAGCUAGCCAUUAUGUCUCAUUAUCUGCGCGUUAUAAAUAAAUCAUACUCAAAUAUUCUUGGGGAAAAUGGAAUGCAACGUACUUUUAUCAACAAUAACAAAGUACAUCUUGUAAGAAAUAACUUAAUUCCAACAAGAUUAUAUAGCACUUCAAAUAGUGUAAACCUUGAGAAUCACAGUGAGAAAAAAGAUAUUCUAUAUGGAAGUGUAGAGGUUGAGAUACGCAGCGGGGAACCAGCAGUGCUGCUAAGCUAUGAAUGGUUUGCCACUUAUGCUGCAAAGCAAUUGGGAAUAACAAUAGGCAAAUGUUGGGCUCCUCAAAAACCACAUCACCAUAGACUGACUCUUCUGAAGUCAGUCCAUAUUUACAAAAAACAUAGAGUUCAAUAUGAAGUUCGAACAUAUUUUCGUCACAUGAUUUAUGAAAGACUAACAGAAUCAACUCUGAAAACUUUUUUGGAGUAUAUCCAACGAAAUGUUCCAGAAGGUGUUUCUCUCAAGGUUUCAAAGAAAUCAUUUAUGGAUUUGCCAGCGCAAUUGACUGAUCACGUUCCAUCAGUAACUUUGAAAUAAACUUCGUAGGUUCGUUGUAAAAAUUUAAAGAAUUGAAUAAACACAUAAACGACA